AUGGAGGCCCCAAUGAACAGAAAAAUGCCCCAAAUACAGGAGCAAGGCUUACUAGAAAUAACAUGGACCUGGGAGUUAGGAGACCUUGGUCAUAGCUCCAUCUUCACCAAUCAGUUUCUUCAUCUAAACAAUGAGGAUAAUGUGAAGAUUAUGAGCCCCUGCUAUUUGUUGAGCACUUAUUCUGUGCCAGGCGCUGGGAUUCUCUUGACAACUGUGAUGGGCAAGGUAGCUGGAAAUAAGGAAUUGGGAGGGAAGGUGAGAAAUUUGGUUUCAGACAUUUGGAGCUUGAGGUGUGUAAGGGAAAUCCAUGCACAGAUAUCCUGCUGGCAAGAGGAAAUCUAUUAUUGCAGUGGUGUGGGCAGUAAGGCAGAUUUAGAAGUCAUUAACACGAAAGUGGUGAUUAAAGCAAGGGCAGUGAUGAGCAAUGAUAGAAGGGAGAAGAGAAUGAAUCUCUUGAGAGCUGGGAAGGAUGAGAAAGUACAUGAAGCAAUAGAUGGGGAAAGUAUUAUGGAGGUCAUGCUUGAUGGUUUCAAUUUUGUCUACAUAGUAUUGGGCAAGGUCAAGGGUGAAAGUAGGGAAGGAAAGGGGCAUGCUGCUCAGAACCCGACCCAGAAGAGUCUCAAGAGUGAACAAGGGUUAUUUGGCAAAGGGACAUACAACUCGAGGAUAUUGCUUCUGGCUUGUCCCUUCAGUGAGGAGAAGUUGAUAGUUUUCUCUUUGAGAUUUAGAGCCAUCAUCAUGAGGAUUAGUCUUUUCUGGAUGACUCUUUUUACUCAGAUUAAUGGUUUCCAGUUUGGGAUGGCAAAAUAUCCGUGCACUUUGGAGAGAAAUUCUCCUAGCAGCUAUUACCAAGAUGGAGAUUUGGUUAUUGGAGGACUCCUCUCUCUGGAGGUCACGGUCAUUCACGGUCAUUUAGGUGCUAGAAAUCAAUUCACCAUGCAGCCUCUUUUCUUCUCUGAUCCUAUACAGUAUUUCACCAAAUACUACCAGCAUCUCCUGGCUCUUGUGUUUGCUGUGGAGGAGAUCAACAAGGACCCCAUCCCUUUACCCAACAUUUCUCUGGGCUUCCACCUCUUCAACGUCCACUUCCUUACCUAUAUUGCCAUAGAGAGUUCCGUGGCUUUGCUCUCAGGAAGAACUGCUGCAGUGGUCCCCAACUACAGCUGUAAGCAGGAGGAGCAGGACAAGCUGGUGGCUGUUAUAGGAGGAAUGUCAUUAGCAGUAUCCAUGGCCAGCUCCUGGGUGCUGGGGCUCUUUGACUUGCCCAAGAUCUGCUAUGGUCCAGUGGACUCCAUUCUCAAGGAUAAAGCUCAGUUCCCCUCUCUCUAUCAAAUCUCUAUGAUGUCUCCAGAUCUGCACUUGGGAAUGAUCCAUCUCAUGAAACAUUUUCAUUGGGUCUGGAUUGGCCUCCUGGUCACCAAUGACAUUAGAGGGCAGACGUUCGCCAAGACCAUGACAGAGGAAAUAGCCAAGAAUGGAAUCUGUGUGGCUUACACUGAGAGAAUCCAGGAAUACUUUACUAAAAAUAUAAAUACAGUUAGUUCUUAUUACGAAAGCAUUAUUAAAUCAUCAGCCAAUGUGGUUGUUGUCUAUGGGGAUACUUUCUCUUUAUUGCUUUUUGUACUUAAUAUGAUUAGUAUUCCUGUUAUUGGUAAAGUUUGGGUCACCACCUCGGAUUGGGAUUUUACCACAAGUUCCUUAGACAGAGAUACCUUUUUCCAAGGUGCCUUGUUAUUUUCAGGCCACAGGAAUGAAAUUCCGGGUUUCAGUGAUUUUGAGCAGAUCCUGAACCCUGGGAAAUAUCCACAGAACACUCGAUUCCACACCAAAGCUGGUUAUCAGGUCGAUUUGGAUGACCCCAACAAGGUGACAAGUAGAUUUGAAAUCUUGAACUAUCAGAUUUUCCAAACUGGCACCGCAGCACAUGUCAAAGUGGGAGAAUUUAACUCCCUGGCCCCAGCUGGAAACGUUUUCAAUAUCCAUGAGGAGAGGAUAAUGUGGGACAAGCUAUUUUCUCAGAUCCCUUGCUCCGUGUGCUGUGAAAGCUGUGGGCCGGGAUUCAGGAAAACAGCUCAGGAAGGAAAAGCUGCCUGCUGCUAUGACUGAGUCUGCUGCUCUGAAGGAGAGAUCACCAAUCAGACAGAUAUGGAUCACUGUGUAAGGUGUCCUGAAGAUCAAUAUCCAAAUUAUCGAGGAGAUGAGUGCACCCUGAAAAUUUUGAACUUCCUGUCCUAUGAGGAACCUUUGGGAAUGGCGGUGUUCAUAGCUCUUGGUUUAUCACUCCUCACUGCUCUGGUUUUGGGGAUAUUUAUACACCACCGGAACACGCCCAUAGUGAAAGCUAAUAACUGCACUCUCAGUUACACCCUCCACACAGCCCAGCUGCUGUGCUUCCUGUCCUCCUUGACUUUCAUUGGUUGUCCUGGCCUGGUGUCCUGUGUCUUACAACAAAUAGUCUUUGGAGUCUUCUUUUCUGUGGCUAUUUCUUCCGUGUUGGCAAAAACCAUCACUGUGGUCUUGGCCAUCAGGGCCACCAAGCCAGGAAGCAGAAUGAGGACUUGGUUGGGCCCCAGGGCAUCAAGUUCCAUCGUCCUCGUCUGCUCCCUCGUUCAAGUGGGAGUCUAUGUUUUCUGGCUGGGAAGCUCCCCACCGUUCCCCGACGUGGACAUGGCAUCAGAGCCUGGUCUCAUCAUUGUCCAGUGCAAUGAGGGCUCCACAUUUGUCUUCUACUGCGUCCUUGGCUACAUGGGGUUCCUGGCACUAGUCAGUUUCAUUGUGGCCUUCCUGGCCAGGAGGCUACCCGACAGCUUCAACGAGGCCAGGUUCAUCGCAUUCAGCAUGCUGGUGCUCUGCAGCAUCUGGGUCUUCCUACCCAAGUACCUGAGCACCAAGGGCAAGGUCAUGGUGGUAGUUGAGAUUUUCUCCAUCCUGGCUUCCAGUGCUGGGCUCCUGGGCUGUAUCUUUGGACCCAAGGUCUACAUCAUCCUGCUGAGGCCAGACAGGAACACUAAAGGACAGUUACUGGAGCGACAGGGGAAUCAUGAAAUGGGACGUUAG